CAUUACCCUCAAAAAAAAAAAAAACCCUUAUGCUCUCGAAAACCCUAGCCCUCUUCCGUUUCGAAUCGAAGAAGGGCGGGCUGAUUGGAGCUUCUUCUUCCCCAAAUCAACGGAAUUACGUGCUUAGAUGUUAGCGGAAAAGGAUGGCGGACGCCGUGCUGCUGGACGAGAGCAAGUUCGAGUCUACGCUUCAGCUCUGGGCUCUUCGGAUUCCCCGAGAGCUCUGCAAGUCCGUCAGCCACGUUCUUCGCGGAUAUCUGUUAGACAAAGCUCGUGUCAAGCCCAUUACUGAAGAUCCAACUUCUGAGAAAAAUCGCUUUGUUAUUUUAUCAGAAAGGAUUCAAAACCCUGAUUUAUCUGAGAUACAAGAUCGAGUACUAGAUGCACUGAAGGAAUUAUGCAACAUUGAAGUAGUGCCCUAUUCACUGACACUUGGAUAUUCCUAUUGGGGUGCAGACCAUAUUCUGAAGCAAAUAUUGCCCCAUGGAGUGGAGGUGCCUUCUUCUUUUGAAACAAUAGGUCAUAUUGCUCAUUUGAAUAUUACUGGUGACCUGCUUCCCUACAAAGACGUUAUAGCGAAGGUUAUCUUUGAUAAAAAUCAACCAAGAAUCAAAACCGUGGUGAAUAAAGUUGGAACCAUAACAAAUGAGUUCCGAGUGCCAAAUUUUGAAGUUCUAGCAGGAAAUGAUGAUAUGGUCACUGAUGUGAAACAGUAUGGUGCCACAUUUAGACUCGAUUACAGCUUGGUAUACUGGAACUCAAGGCUUGAGCAUGAACACAUUCGAUUGGUUUCACAGUUCCAGACAGGAGAGACCAUUUGCGAUAUGUUUGCUGGUGUUGGUCCAUUUUCAAUUCCAGCAGCACAGAAAGGAUGUGUUGUAUAUGCAAAUGAUUUAAAUCCAGAUAGUGUUCAUUAUUUAAAGAUUAAUGCAAAGAUCAACAAGGUGGAGGAUCGUGUUUAUGCAUAUAACCUGGAUGCUAGAGCAUUCAUGCACCAGAUGAUAUCUGUGCCUGAUUCAGAGAUUAAACCCGAAUCUCAGGACACUGUACUCAUAGAUUGUCAAACAAACAAUUUGAUAGCUAAUAGAGAAGGAAGUUCUGAACAUGGAAAACAGACUGUUGAUAAUAAGGAAAUGCUCGAUACUGGAAGAAAUGUUCAAGAUCGUCUGGAUGAUUCUUCAACAAUAGCAAAUGCUGCUGCUAAAAGGCGGUCUGAGAUUUCUGAUGAUGCGAGUGUGAUAAAAGGAAACGCUAGCAAGAGAAUCAGAAGCUUCAAAUUGUCCAUUCCCAAGACAUAUGAGCAUGUUGAUCAUAUUAUAAUGAAUCUUCCUGCUUCUGCUCUGCAGUUUCUUGAUGUUUUCAAGGGCCUUCUCCCAAGAAAAUACUGGAAAGGACCUUUGCCCUGGAUACACUGCUACUGCUUCAUACGAUCAAAUGAAACCACAGAAUCAAUAUUAGCUGAGGCAGAGAAAGCUUUGAAUGCUAGGAUAGCAGAACCACUUUUUCACAGGGUUCGUGAUGUUGCUCCUAACAAGGCAAUGUAUUGUUUAAGCUUCAGGCUGCCUGCAGAAUCAUGUUUUCAAGAUGUUGAAGAUGCUGCCAAACCUGUGAGGACUGUGGAUCAUAGCCUAGCAUGAAGGAAAACCAUUCUCUGCUAAAUAUGUUUUCCUCGCCAUCCUAACUAAUGCUAUAGAAAGACCUUCAUUUUAACAUGACCUGGAGUACUGCUAUUCCAAAUGCAGGUACAGGGUGGCCCUUCCAUAUAUGAAUUUGCAUUGUACGACAUAAAAAUUUCAUGCUUCUGUAACAUACAUACAUCAACAGUCUAUACUAAAAUUUUGCUAGAUUGAUUUAUCAUAGAUUCUUUUUGUAAUGAAUACACUGAAUGCUAACACACUGAUUCUGAUUUCAUGAUAUAUUUUUAUAAAUGCCAUUAUGAUC